GGAAUAUUGCAUUGUGGGAAAGAGACAAAAUGGCGGCUCCCAUACUAAAAUGGAAGCGUGUGACAAAUACGACUGGUCCAAGCCCCCGACCUCGCCAUGGACAUCGAGCCGUCGCAAUCAAAGACCUUAUGGUAGUCUUCGGCGGUGGGAAUGAGGGGAUCGUGGAUGAACUCCACGUUUACAAUACAGCUACUAAUCAGUGGUUUGUACCAGCAGUAAGGGGGGAUAUCCCUCCAGGCUGUGCAGCUUAUGGCUUUGUCAGUGAUGGCACCCGUCUCUUCAUAUUUGGGGGAAUGGUGGAGUAUGGAAAGUAUUCAAAUGAGCUUUAUGAACUCCAAGCUAGUAGAUGGGAAUGGAAGCGACUCAAGCCCAAGACUGCCAAGAGUGCACCCCCUCCAUGCCCUAGACUUGGUCACACAUUCACCAUGCUUGGCAGCAAAGCAUACCUCUUUGGAGGACUUGCUAAUGAUAGUGAUGAUCCAAAGAAUAAUAUACCUAGGUAUCUUAAUGAUCUCUACUCACUUGAGCUGAGAUCAGGCUACUCUAAUAUGAUAUGGGAUAUACCCCUUACCACAGGACCUUCCCCUCCACCUAGAGAAUCACAUACCUGUGUAGGCUAUGCUCCAAAAGAUGGCACUUUUAAUCGACUCAUUGUGUAUGGUGGUAUGAGCGGUUGUCGGCUCGGGGACCUUUGGCAACUCAAUAUGGAUACACUCACGUGGGUCAAACCUGAACUCAAUGGACCCAACCCUCUACCAAGGAGCUUGCACUCUGCCACGGUCAUUGGAAACAGAAUGUUUGUGUUUGGUGGCUGGGUACCCCUUGUGAUGGACGAUGUCAAAGUAGCAGCUCAUGAAAAGGAAUGGAAGUGUACCAAUACUCUCGCUUCUCUCAAUUUAGCAACCCAUACAUGGGAGCCACUUGCCAUGGAGGUGUUUGAGGAGGCUGUUCCCAGGGCUAGGGCUGGACAUUGCUCCGUUGCUAUCCAUACUAGACUCUAUGUAUGGAGUGGAAGGGAUGGAUACCGCAAGGCAUGGAAUAACCAGGUGUGCUGCAAAGAUCUUUGGUUCUUAGAGACUGAGAAACCGAUGGCCCCAGGGAGGGUCCAGCUGGUACGAGCUAGCACCACCACCCUAGAAGUAUCAUGGGGUGCUGUAGUUACAGCUGAUGCCUAUUUACUGCAGCUUCAGAAGUAUGACAUGCCCCCUACCUCAAGUGCAGCUUUACCCACUGGGGGUAGCGCUGCUCCCGCUAAACCAAUCCAAUCACCUAUCAAAACACAAGCGACCACCACGUUUCGGGUGGUGGCUCCAGGCUCCUCGGCCACUUGCCCUAUUCAGUUGAUCAAAAAUACACCAGGAGUUAAGAUUCAGAGCCCGACCUCUUUGUCUGGGUCAGCAGGGGCCAGUUCACUCAUUAAACUCAGCAAGCCUACUCCUGGUGUCCAGUCACAGAACACCCUGAGUGGUAUCGUAGCUCUUGCCGAGGCUGCUGCAGGGACGCAGAAGAUGACCAGUACCACUGCAGUCUCACCAACCCCCAACAAACCACUCCUAACCACAGGAGGGUCUAACUUGACCCUAGUGACCCGUACCAUGCCAGGAGGGGUCAGUGUCACAUUACCACAAGGGGUCAAGCUGACCACCGCAGCAGGAGGCGGACUCAAGAUGGCCACAGCUGGUGGCAAACCUCAGGUGGUAUCGGCUAUGGUUUCAGGCACCACUAAGACGGUUACUCUCGUGCAGAAUGCUGGUGCAACCAAGACAGGUAGUGUAGGUCCAGGUACUACCAUCGUCAAGCUCGUCUCAACCACCCAGGCUGGAGGCAAACCUACGACCAUCAUUACCCCUAUCAGCCAGGCAGGGUUGAAAGGUCAACCCACCAUACUGGGCAUUAGUAGCAUCACAGCAGGUCAGCAAGGAAAGAGUAUCAUCAAGACCAUUCCAGUUGGUAAAGCAGGUGUAGCCAAUACUGCAACCAGCAAGACACCCACCAUUGUUACAGUAACCACCAAGAUGUUGACUGGAGCUACGGGUACUCCUACCAAGUUUAUCACAACCGGAGGGGUUGGUGGUAAGCAACAGAAGAUAGUCUUAACCACCCAAGCAGGUGCCUCUCCUACCAUCCUAUCAGGAACACUCAAAGGUCUUGGUGCAGGGAAUUCCCCCAUCACCAUCAUCCGUGCUGUAGCCCCCCAGGGUUCCUCCCCCGGGGCCAGCGGUCAGGUGGCAGGUAACACUAUUCAGAUCAUUACCAAGGGUGGUGCUAAGAGUACCCUCAACCAGGCCAGUGCUGCUAAUCUACUCAAAUCACUGUCCACCUCUCAAGGCCUGACAUCACCACUUACUAUCACCACCACUGCUAAUUCAUCUGGAGUCACAACUAAGCUGGUCACCAUUCCUAUUUCAGCCCUGACGGGGGCAGCAUCCACCAGCGUUUCCCCUGCCAUUAACACAGUCACUUCUACAGUAGCACAGGUUGCCUCCAACACAGCGGCUGUGCAGAAAACUACUUCCCCUGUGGCAUUGAGCACUGUAAGUACAGCACAGACUACACUUAUAUCAACGGUAGGCACCAAACCUACAGUCAGCUCACCAAGUACAGAUCAACAGAAGGUGGCUGAAGAUUCAACAGAAACGAAACCUACACCAACAGAAGAAAGCAAGGAUAGUUCAGAAGCACAACCAACGACAGAAACGACGACGGCACCAGCUGCUGAUCCAGCUCCCACAACACAAGAGGCUGCAACCCCUGCCACUACAGAAGCAUCAGAGGGUGAUGAUGCGACAAAGAAAGAAGAGAAGCCUUCAGAACCAGCAGAGUCACAACAAAAAGAACAACAACCGGAAGAACAUCCGAAGGUGGAACAACCAGAAGCCACCCCCAUGGAAACAGACCCCUCCCCCGCCCCUGGUACAGGGAUACCGGCAGAGUCUACGGAUACCACCAAGACCAACGGGGCCCCUGCUGAAGAGACCAAGGAUAAGGCCUUGGAUAAUGGAGCUAUGGGAGAAGAGCAGAUGGAUACCAAGGAUGCCAACCAAGAUGCAGAUUCAGAUCCAAAGUCUAUUGCCAUGACGAUGGCAUCCCUUGCUAAUUCAGCUGGUCCUCCAGUGAUGACGGCUAAACCUGUCACAAAUGGACUUGACGCCAAAUCGGAGGAUGGCAAGUCAGCGAUAGGCCAAGCCAUUCAGCUUGCCAAGAAAGAUGGCAACCAGUGGUAUGAUGUAGGAAUAGUCAAGUCUACCACCACGACAGUAGCACACUAUCACUUACCAUCAGAGAUUAUCAACAGAAAUGAAGAUGAUAUCGAUGUUGUGAGUGUACCAGAUCACAGUUUCCUCAAGAAGCAGGAGCUUCACCCAGGCACGGCUUAUAAAUUCAGGGUAGCUGGUAUCAACGCCUGUGGGAGGGGUCCAUGGAGUGAGAUCUCUGCAUUCAAGACAUGUCUGCCUGGGUUCCCAGGAGCACCUUCGGCUAUUAGAAUCAGCAAGAGUCCUGAUGGAGCCCACCUAUCAUGGGAGCCUCCGGCAAACACCAAUGGUGAGAUCCAGGAGUAUUCUGUCUACCUUGCCGUACGUAGCACCAUGGGCGGUGCCUCAGGAGAUGCCAAGCCUGCUACCCCAGCCCAGCUAGCCUUUGUCCGGGUGUACUGCGGGCCCAAUCCAUCCUGUGUCGUGAGCUCAGCCAACCUGGCAGCAGCUCACAUCGACUGCACCAGCAAACCUGCUAUCAUUUUCAGAAUCGCUGCACGUAAUGUCAAGGGGUAUGGACCAGCCACUCAGGUAAGAUGGCUUCAAGACAAUCAAACUGCUGCUAAACCUACAACUACUGUCGCUGCCAAGAGACCAGCAUCCUCUCAAGAAAGUCCAAUGGUGAAGAAGGUGAAAUCAGAAAGUGAAGGAGAUUCCAAAACGGCAUAAAAGGAAGGAAAAUAAUACUGUAUCACCAGAACAAACAGCUGAAUUCAAGCAUGGAAGCAUGGUGGAAAGCACAUUUAUUGCACAAGAAAAUGAAUUUCUAUGAAGAGACAUUGACCUUUUGACCUUUCUUGAACAAAUUAGUGAAUGAGAGUCAUCAAAGUCAACAUAUUACCUGCCCAAGUCUACAAUGUUUUAACCUACUUUGUGCUUUGUUAUUAUUUUCUGUUCAGGGCAAAGUUAGAUAAAGGUGAAUGUAUUUGAUGCAAACCGGAGACAGUAGAUGUAUCCUUUGACUUUUGCAUUCAGCUAAAUUUGAUGUGAUUGCAAAAAUGGAGUUACAGUAAACAUUGAAUUGCAUGGAAUUGGAUGGGAUUUUCUUUUUAAAGCAAGCCUACUCGUUUAAUAAGAUUUGCAGUUGGAGCUGAUUUCCUAUCUAAUUGGGUUAUGGAGAAAAAAAUGAAUAUGGCAUUACUUAUAAUUAUUAAUGAUAAUAGAGGCUGCUCAUACACCUUUACAUUCCAAUGGUCUCACAUAUAAACCAACAGGGUGAAAAGUAGCACUAUCAUUGAGAAAGAAAUCAAAAGAAUGAAAACAGGCCCAGUUCUUUUUUUCUUUUUAUUUUCAUAUCACUUACUACCCAGAAAGUUAGAAGUUGUCCCAAAAGUGUUGUCCCAAACAAAGUGAAAUUGCUUGAAUGCUAUGUAAAAUUGCAGACGCGAAGCAGACGAAUGGAUUGUAUAUUCGACAUGGACUAGGCAGUUGGAGUGCACGAGUGAUACACAAAGCAAGAUGUGGGCAGCCCUUCCAAAGUAUCUAAUUCAUGACAAAUGCACAAUCUUUGUGCUGCCCGAUCGUGUAUGCAUGGAAUUUUAUGCAAUUUAUUAUUGAUUCCAGUACAAACAAACAAGGUCAUGGAGCUCAAGCCAGCAAGCAGAGCAAGAGUUUAGUUUGUUCAUCAAGCUGAUAGCUGCGCUUUAUGGUCAGGAUUGAUCGGGCUACCUCAUGCUCAAGCAAUGACAAGUGCAACAUGCAAUUCAGACUGGAUACAUGACUGGGUAUAUUAUUUUGCUUGAGUGAGUUGCGCUUCUUGCUCACUUCAUCUGUCUGAAGUAAGAUUACUUGUUCAUUAUCAAGUUCAUUUAGCAUGAAAAACAAAUCACUCACUGAAAACAAUUUUUGUUUGGUACAUCUUACGCCAACAUCGAAUGUCUAACUUCGACUUUCAGCGCCAGUGCAAAUUUGUAUAAUUCUAUGUCGCAAACAGGCAAUCUCUGCCGGCAUUUCGCAUUGGCUGCCAAAAUGCAUUUCAUUGACAAGCUUGGUGACAAAAGCGUUGUCGAUGACAGCACUAGUGAAAAGAACAUAAAUAGUACAGUCACACCUAUGAAACUGCAUAAAUAUGACCAAUAUUCAGUGAAGUAAUAAAGGGACUUCCUAUAGUAUGCAGUAAUUGAAUUCUUGAUUUAGGAUGAAUGAAGGAAAUAUUUGGAACGUGGCUCGGCCGACAAGUGUCCCACAGAGCUCUAUCCAGGAUUGUCUCACUAGUGAUUGCACCAUGGACCUACUAGUUGGUCAAUGAUUGCACCAACUGACAGAGUUUAUUACAGUUUACAGUCUGAUAUCUCAAGCCUCCUCUAAGAUACCGAUUCACCACUUUGGAAAUAAAUAACAAUAGAAUUGAAUUUCAGAGUUAUUUACAGUCAAUUCAAAUCUGGCAGAUUAAAAAGUGAUAUGAAUAAUAAUAUGAAGUACAUCUGGAGUAAAGGCAAAAUUGAUUUCAAAUCUCAAAACUAUUUUCAUCUCAUGUACAUUUGGAACAAAAUCUGCAUUUUCUCAAAGAAGGAGGCUUAUGACAUUCUCUUUGUAUGGCCAUUCAGAACUUUAACAAGCAUCUAUCGUGGGUUGUAUCCAAUUUAGAUAACUGGUGAUGAUAAAGGCAUAGAGUGCUCUAGGCGAUGAAGAAUAAAAAUCGUAUACAAGUUUAAAGUGGAUUUGAUAUUUGAUAAUCAAUUUGAAAACAGUAAGGCAGCUUUGAGGAAUGAGAGUCACAUUAAAUUUUGCUGAAUGAAAAAUGAAAAGCGCUCAACGGGAUGUCUUUAAUUAAAGGUAACAAUGCUUUAGAUUUUCACACUCUUUUUUUUUUUAAUUGUUCAUACAAAGUUAUCCUGUUCAUGAUUUUAUAGUAUAUUUGGUGCAUUGUUUGCAUUAUUGUUUCAGUUGAGUCAUAAUGUACAUGUUUUAGGUGGCAUUGUCUAAUAUAUAUAUUUAUUUUGUAUGAUAUUGUUAUGUUGGAGGAGAAAAGAACAGAUUGUACAUGAAGAAGUUUUUAAUUUGUUGUAAACAAAAAAUUUCAGAUAAGUAAAUGAUUUUUGAGUGAGGAAAUGUGUAUCACAUGUAUGUAAAAAGAGGAGUUCUUGUUUUAUUCUCAUAGAUGAAAUUGUAUUGAGAUAUGGUAAGAAUUUUUUGAAGAGUAAUGAAUUGGCAAGCAUUGACACAAUCUCUCAUGAAAAGGAAUUUACAGAUUUUAGAGUGAAGCACUCCGUAUUAAACUUCUUUUCCUCACAUUCUUUCAUAUUCUGUCGGAAACUGCUUAAGUGCCAUUGGUCGAAUUGCAAAAGGGCAUUUGAUGAUCGUGAUAAUAAGGGUAAUCAUAACAUAUGAAAGCAGAGCCAAUUAGCAUUGGCCAUUUAAUGUGUGGAAAGUAAGAUGUUUGUCUUUAAGACGAGUUAGCUUGUGAGGGCUGUGGAGGUAAUGGAUGUAUUAUUGUAAACCAUGAGGCACGGUUCUGUUUAUCAUGGUGAAAGAUAGCGAAAUAGCUGAUUGAUGGGGAGGAAACAAUUAUAGGCUGAAAUCCCUCCUUUUUGAAAAUAGCAAUUUCACUGACAUUGUUUUCACCAAUACAGCUAUUUCUUAUCAUUAGCAUGGUUUUCAAUAAGGGACACCUGAUAUUCUUUUCUUUGAAUUUCAAAAGCAAAGUCUCAUAGCAUCACAAAACUAUCUACCUUUCCAAUUUUCCAAUAAUGUUCACCUAAUUCUCUGAAAUUUCAGAUACAUGUAGUGACAGUAUAGCCAAAAAUGUUAUUUUCCAUAGAGUCAUGCUCAUCGCAACAAGUUACUGGGUGCUUGAAUCAUAUAUAUGUUAGAUUAAAUAGGAGAGGAUAUCACUGGUUCAGUAUUUGACAACUGAAGUUAAGACUGCUCUGAGAGUGUCUUGUAAUAUAUUGUGUAUAUUUCAUUUGAUGUUGAUGAUUUACAUUCACUGUAUGGUUAUCUAAUAUCCUUAUCUCUAUAAUUUGCAUGAAUCGGGAGGCAUGUUGUCAUAUCAAUAUGGAUAGUAGUAAACAAAUGUGUAAUCUGUAUCAUCAAAUUGUAAUUAUAUCUUGGAGAAAUAUUGCUUCGAUUUCAUUUCUUGUCUGGCCUGCAGGUUCAGCAAGAAAUAGAUUUGUAAGCUUUGUCAUUAUUUGUCCAAGGGCUGUAAAUUUGGCUUUUCUUUCCAAUAUUGAUUUUUUUAUGGAUUGUGAAUUACAGGUAUAUGAAAUAGAGAAAUUUAAUAGAAAGAAAUUUAGAGUUGGUGAAAGGAUGACCUAAAUUUCUGAUUUUAUUCAGAUUGCAAAAAAUACAAAUGAAAUAUGUUGAUUGUUAGGAUAAAGAAAUUUAGAAAAUUAGAAAGAGAAUGUGUGCGUGUGUGGGAGGAAAGAUACGAGAGUGAGAGAGAGAAAGAGGUAGUGUGUGAGAGAAAGAUCAAUAUAUUAAUGUUUUCUUAGAGCUUUGUAAAUACGCAAAUAGAUUUGAGAAAUGGCCUUAGUUUCGAAGUGACUAUUAUUCACCAGACUGUUGAUAUUUUAAGGGGAGUUUAGCUUUUAAUUUUUCAGGGAUUUUCAUGUUUUAACCAGCUCUCCACUUGGGUAUCAGAACCUGUACGAACGUCCAAAGAGAUUUUUUUUUCUUGUAAAAUAGUAAGCAAACUGUCAAGUAGUAUGUUUACAAUGCCCUCACCGCAUCCAUCAUUGAUACAUGACAGAAAUCCUCUAUCAAUUGGGUAAUUUGAUAUUGUUUCUUUUUUGUUCACCUUCACCUCAUACGAGAUGUGAUUGACUUUGGGCAUAUGAUGGUAAGUUUCGGAAGGGGCAUGCAAAGCACAUCAAUAACCUGUAUUGUUGUGAGAAAGAAUAUUAGAAAUAAACAUUCCAUGAAGGUGUAUUGUAUCUUCAUAUAAUUUGAUUUCUUUCAGGCCUGUGUGACUCUCACAAUCUUCUGAACAGACGAGGAUAACCAGCCUCCAAUGAAUUUAUAAGGGCUCUCAAUAGCAUAUCUUUUGUUGAAAGACAGCUGACAUAAAAGUUUCCACUGGACAGUCGGCAACAGCAAAUGUUUUCCAAUUUUGGCUGUAUAAUAUCUUUACCCUCAAAGGUAUUGUGCAAAUGAUGGUUUGACCUAGGCAAAUUGAAGGAAAAUGUCUGUAUUGUAUUUCAGCUUUGGACCAUCUGAACCAAGUAGAUCAGCACAAACAUUCCAAAUUAUCUAUUCGGCUGCUUCAGAAGGAGAAAGAAUAAUAAUUGUAGGGGUUUUGAAAGGCCUACAUCAUACAUGGGGUUUGAUCAGCACUCGUAUCAAGUUUAUCUCCGAAUUGUUCUUUUAAGGUGUAUUUUUCAAAGAAAACUCUUUUUUAAAUGUCAGGAAUUUAAUGAUUGUAUGAUGAAUUUACGUCCCCACUUCUAUUUGAGAAAAAAGCUCUUAAUGUUCAUAAGUUUUGAUUGGCUGACUGUUGCUUUGGUAACUGUCAAAGACAACUUACCCUUGCUGAUAGUCAUCAUGAAUGGUGCCCUGGUUUCGCCUAUUGAUAUGUACAAAAUACUUGUGGAAUAUUCUUUUAGUUCUUGCAGAGUUGGGGUUAUCAUACAGAAAUGUUUUAAAAGUAAAUAUGUUUCCUUACUGUUUGAGGUAGUGCUUCCAAAUCAAUACAAUAUCUUAGUAAAUGAGAUAAAUGCUUCUUAUAGUGAGCACAUAUAUUUCUUUCUUUCCUUUUUAUGGGGGUGACUGUUAAAUGAUAAAGUCCAACUUGUAUGGGUGCUUGUGUAGUCAAUGAUAACAGUAGAAGGUAUACAGAAGGGAAAAUAUGUCUGGUUGUCAUUCAAAACUAAAGUUUUGAUUUUUCUUUUCUUUUGUUUGAUGUUUAAAUGUUGUAAAGCUGCAUUUUUGUCCUGUACAAAGAAAUUGUUUCAGUAAUGCAGGUUAUGUACAUUGUAAAUAUCACCCUUAUUAUUUUUGUGUGCAUGUUUGUCCUGUAGCGCUCCUUUUUUCCGUGUACUUCUUAGAAUGAACAAUAAAAAAAAUUUGUAUAUUUCAAA